UCAGAUUUAGCAGAGGACUUAGUGACUGGUCUCAGUUGCAUCUGGCCCAGAUUUAUUUGUUUAUUUUGAUCAUAUUAUCAUGGCCAGGCGCGUGAGGCGAACCAAGAACCAGCUGCCUGAGAGCUACUAUGAGGGUUACCUGGAGAAGAGGUCGUUCAGAGAUAAGACCUCUCAAAAACUGUGGACCAGCCUUUGUGGGAAAACAAUGUUCUUCUUCAACGAUAAAAGAGACGCUGAUUACGUUGAGAAGCUGGACCUCGGGGAGUUUGUCUCAGUAACAGAUGACAGCAGUCCAGACCGAAACCUGGACACGGCCAAGUUCAAUCUCCAGAUGAAGGACGAAAAUCUGAAACUUUCUGCGCCUAAUGCAGAAAUCCGUGAGCUGUGGAAGGGCUACAUCCAUGCUGUGGCUGAGCUGUUGGUCCCAUCGUCCCUCAACCUGCUUCCAGGUCAGAUUCACAUGCUGAAAGAGGUGGUGGAAAAGGAAAAAGACAAGAUCAAGAGCAGUGUGUUACGCACUGUCCCUGAAAGCAGCCUGCUCGCCAACCCCAAGGCAGACGGGCCCGGGUGUUUCCACCUGGUGUCCCGAGUGGAGGCAGAGCUGCUGCUUGAGAGAGAAGCCGAAAGGGGAAACUUUCUGCUGAGGCCUGGACGAGACGGGGCGUCCUACGCUGUCACCACGAGGCAGGACCUUGAUGGAGCUAUAUUCAAACACUACCGUGUGAGUCGUAAUCAUGAGGGGGGCUUCGUCAUCGACGUGGAAAAUCCUGUCCCCUGCGCCACGCUGCAUCAGGUGGUCACCUUCAUGGUGGAGAGCACCAAGGGAAGCCUGGUCCCCCUCAACAUGGAGGAGCCGUACGAGAAGAGCAUCAGUGAGUGCAGCCGCCCUCAUGUCGUCUUCCCGUGUUCCCCAAAUACGCACACGACUAACGGAGGCUCCCCGACUUUGGCAGCUUUUAUUUCGUCCGACUGUGAAAGCGGAGAGAGGACUCGCCACGCUCUGCCCGACUCGAACCCGCCAGCUGUGCCUCCCAAGCCAGUUUCUCCAAAAAUAGUGACUUCUGAACCAGACGUGGAGGAAAAUCGGUGGUGCUUCGAUAGACAGAAGACAAAAGAAAACGAGAUGGACGACUUCUCUGCUGCUCCAAGGCCGAAACCGGCACCGAGGGAAACUGUGAAAGCACAGAUGCCCCCGGUCCCCGCUCCUCGCACAACAGCCCCUGCAAACACGCAUUCCAGGACUGUAACCAUGAAAGAAAACCAAAUUCCCAGGUCGGCGAUAUCGGAGUUGAAGCUCAGAUUUGCGCAGAGGGCGUCCAGUCAGGAAUGAGUUUCCCCCCCCCCCUCCGUAAAGCGCUCAGACUGGACCAGAAACACCCCUGCAGGCUGGACUCAGCGUGGGGAGCUGUUUCCCCUCCAUCAGCCGUCUACGGCCGAGCCUCUUUGAAGAUCAACGUCUUAUUGAUUUGACUCUCUUGGACAUCCAUUACUUAAUGGACGGACUGUGAAGGUGGAUGCCCAAGUCCCAUUAUCCCCACGUUACUCUUGUAGUUUUGCACCUUUUCCAUUUACUGUGGUCAGAUGUCCAUUAUCAGUGUUGUUUUUCACUCUUAUCUCCAGAUUCAGCCACUCAAAUGAAUCAUUUCACGUAGCUGUGACGAUGUUUGUGCCGCCUUACAGGCGUAUUGUUUAAAUUUCAUUGUUUAACUGCCUCAGCAACAGAACAAAUCCCAGUUGGACUUUAGCUGUUUGACCUCCUGUUCUGAAUAUGUACUGUAGCUAGCUUUUAAGUGAAGGUGAUGUCCUGCUUCAGGUGUGACCGGGCAGAGUUCAGUAUGUGCCAUGCAACAAUUAAACAAAAAAA